AUGAGUCGAGCAGCUCAGCUUGAUAAACGGUUUAAUGACAUUCUUAGAGGCAGAGUCGCUGCGGAUGCACGAAGUUACCCUCAAUUAUUGGAAGCGAUUUGCACACAGCAAGACCCUGCAACAUGCAUCAACCAAAUCGUUGAAAGUAGCCAUGGCUCAAGAGCAGUUCAGGCUGCCAUGCGUCACAAUACCAAUAUCCAGUUCCUCAAUGGAACUGCAACAGAGCUUCUCAUAUAUCUCUUCCGAGCAACAGACCUCGGUGACGUCCUGGAUCACUUACUCACCGCCAUAGUUGAUCCCCCCAUCUUUUGGACUGCUUUCAGCCAAGCGUUCGACCAAGGUGAGCUCAAUGAGCCAGCCCAGGAAGUAUUCGCGAAGCUCCUCCUUCGCCUCAUGUCCCUCGCUGCCGGGGAUACCUCGUCGUACCGUGACCUCGCAAAGAAGUCUAGUAUCCUUGCGAGGCUUCUCAAUUCAUCGCAACAGACCGUCAAAGACAUUGGCUACCGUAUCGAACACAUUCUUUCCACAUUCAAGUCCGGCACACCUGUCGCUGCAGUUGGUGGACCUGGCGGUCGUCACGAUAACGACUUCAACGACUUUAGGGAGAUCUCUAUUCUUCCAACUGCAGACGAGAUCCUCUGUCAGCAGCCUCCUUUCAUUCGCCCGAGCGGCGUAUUGGAGGAUCCUGAUGGCGAGGAAACUCGUGCAGCUGACUACCUGGAUAAUACCUUCCGCUUGCUGCGCGAAGACAUGUUAUAUGAGAUGAGAGAAGAGCUUCAGACAGCUAUAGGGCAGAAGAAAGGGCGUCAUCGUGGCCUCAUCAUCGAUGGCGUCAAACUCGAUGGUCUUUACAGCGGUACAGAUGACAGAAAAACUCGGUGGGGCAUCAAGCUCAAAUGCCGAGACGAUUUCAAGUCGAUGAAGAACGUCCCCGACAAGCAGCGCAAGAUUUAUCUUGAAAAAGAUCCCGCGGGUGUCAAAAUUCUUAAACAUCAGUCUCUCGUAUGCAUACUUUCAGGAAAACAAAUCAUUAGUCUCGCAAGCGUUAACCGCGUUGAGGCACUGCUUGCGGAGAAUCCACCCGUCAUUGUACUUCAGCUGGAAGGGGAGGCUAGCAUUUCAAAGACUCUCCUUCAGCUGCAAUCAUCCAACGCCAUUCGACUCAUUCAGAUUGAUACUGCCCUCUUUGCAUUCGAGCCGGUCUUGAAGGCUCUGCAGAAGACACAGUUCAUCCCGCUGUCGGAGGAGCUCCUGUUCUGGAAAGACGGGAACGCCAUCGGUAGCGCUGCGGUGAUCGCGUCUCUUGUCACGCAUCCGCUUGCUAUGAAUCCGUCCGUGGAUUUGAAGCCGCUCCUAGGACUUUCAUCUACUAUCAUUCUGGAUAAGUCGCAGGCGGCAUCGCUUCUAGCAGGACUCACGCAGAGGGUUUCCCUCAUUCAAGGCCCUCCAGGGACCGGUAAAUCAUUCAUCGGCGCACUGCUCGCAAAGGCCAUUCACGAUCACACCGACCAGAAAAUCCUUGUAGUCUGCUACACGAACCACGCCCUGGAUCAAUUCCUGGAAGAUCUCAUGAAGAUUGGCAUUCCGGACAUCAGCAUGGUCCGCCUCGGCGGCAGAGCAAAUGCGCAGGUUGCCCAUCUUGGCAUUGCGGGUCAGAAGAAAGAGCGUUUCACGCGAUCAAAAGCCGACUGGGCCAUCAUUGACAACCUGAAGAGUUCGUCGAAGUUUCACUGCGAUGCUCUGGAGACCGCCAUGGGCAGGUUCAUAGCUUCGAAGAUUAGCUUCAAGGACGUCCUCACGUACAUCGAGUUCGAAGAUCCGGACUACUUUGAUGCAUUUCUCGUACCUGAAGAUGACGAGUCAGGAAUGACUCGUGUCGGUAAGGACGGCAAAGCCGUCGAUGCUGAAGAACUCGUCUUUCGGUGGGCCAGAGGAUUUGACGCUGGGCAGUUCAAAGACGAGCCCAAUGUACGUGAGGCACCUGCUAUCUGGAACAUGCCUCCGGACGCUCGCCGGACCGCGAUGGAUGGGUGGAAGUUGGAGAUACGCAAAUUAAUCCUUGAAGAGAUUUGCACACUUGGCAGAAAUUACAACGAAUGUCAAGAUCAGCUGGCACGCAAAUUCGGGGAAGCCAGGGCGGCAACCCUCAUGGAGAAGAGAAUCAUUGGAUGUACGACGACUGGAGCAGCCAUGUUUGCAAAUGACAUUCGUGCGGCGAACCCUGAUGUCCUUCUCGUCGAGGAGGCUGGUGAGAUUCUAGAAAGCCACGUCCUCACAGCGAUGAGCGAGAACACAAGCCAAAUGAUUCUCAUCGGUGACCACAAGCAACUGCGUCCCAAAGUCAACAAUUACAAGCUGACUGUUGAAAAGGGUGAUGGUUUUGAACUCAACAGAUCACUCUUCGAGCGCCUGGUUCUCCGGGGCUUCCCUCACGAAACUUUGACAGCUCAACAUCGUAUGCGUCCAGAGAUCUCAGCGUUCAUCAGGAAGCUUACGUACCCUGACCUCACGGAUGCUGCCAAGACCCAGGGCCGUCCCGACAUUCGCGGUAUCCAAGACAAUGUCAUCUUCAUCGACCACACUCAUCCCGAGGAUAACGACCUCCGUAUCUCCGACAAAAGCGAUGAGGCUUCGUCGGGGUCGAAACAGAACACCUAUGAAGUAGAAAUGGUUUGGAAGAUCGUGCGCUAUCUUGCCCAGCAAGGCUAUGGGACGGAAAAGCUAGUUGUUCUCACACCAUACCUUGGGCAGCUCUCAAAGCUUCGAGAUGUUCUGAAGACGGACAAUGACCCCGUGCUCAAUGACCUCGACUCGCACGAUCUCAUCCGUGCUGAACUUCUUUCCCAAGCUGACAGUAAGUCGAAGAAGCGCAUCAGGCUUGCCACCAUAGAUAAUUACCAGGGCGAAGAGAGCGAUAUUGUCAUCGCCAGUCUGACAAGGUCUAAUGAUUCCAACGACAUUGGUUUCAUGAACUCUCCCGAACGUCUGAACGUCCUCAUCUCCCGGGCUCGAGAUGGACUUAUCCUGAUCGGGAACUCGCAGACGUUCAUAAAUGCUCGGAGGGGUAAGGAGCUCUGGGGAAAAUUCUUCGAGCUCGUCAAACAAGGCGACCACAUGUACGAAGGCUUCCCGAUCAAAUGCGAACGACACCCAGAUCGAACGGUCCUCAUCAAAUCUGCGUCUGAGUUUGAUGAUCUGUGUCCCGAUGGUGGAUGCACAGAGAUAUGCGACGUCAUGCUGAAUUGCGGCAUCCAUGCGUGUCCGCUAAAAUGCCACCAGAUCGAGGACCAUUCACAAAUGCCUUGUCAACACCCGUACUCGGGUGUGUGUCCUGCCAAACACAAGCUGAAGUGGAAAUGCCAUCAGCAAAUGCCGGACCCUUGUCCAGUUUGUGUCAAGGAAGCUGAACGUGCAGAGGAGAAGCGAAAACGCGAACUCGAGCUGAAGCGGAAACUGGAAGAGGAGGAGCUGCAACGUCAGAUACAACGUGACAAGGAGCAGGAGGAGCACGACUUGCGCAUGGCUGAGCUAGACGCUAAGUUAAAGGCGGAAAUGGAAGCAAUAGGUGACGCUCAGGUUUCACAGCAGCGAGCGAAUGCCUUGAAACAGAAAAUGAAGGAUGUUGAGGCAGCCAGAGCCAAUGCGCAGAAGGCAGCUGCAAACGCGCAGGCGCACGCCAACGCUGCUUUUUCUGCUUCGUCAUCCAAGACGACAAACCCCGUACCUCCUACACCUCCAUCCAAUCCACAAUCAAGCGUACCUCCAGUAAACCCUACUCCACCGCCGAAUCCGCCACCCAAACCGAAACCUUCGACUACCCAAACUCCUUCGACAUCUAAGCCAUCGAAGUCUCAACAACCUGGACCUUCCGCGACGUCACCGAUGAAUGUGACACCUACGUCGGCUGCCCACCAGGACUGGUUGCACCAGAAGCAAGUCAAUAGUGAAAAAAACGACGCCAUCGAUGGUAUCAUGGAGUUGACAGGGCUCGAGGAAGUGAAAGCCCAAGUACUUCGUAUCAAGGCCCAUAUUGACUUGAUGAAACGGCAAGGCGUCCCCACCAACAAGGAGCGCCUUAAUCUGGUUUUGCUCGGUAAUCCAGGAACUGGAAAAACCACAGUCGCAAGGUUGUAUGCACAAUUUCUCGAAUCAGUUCAAGUUCUCCCAGGCGAUGCGUUCAUUGAAACGACGGGUUCAAGCUUGGCACAUGAAGGGGUGGGUGGAGCGAAAAAGCUCAUUGCAGACGCCAUGGCACUUGGAGGAGGCGCUAUCUUCAUCGACGAAGCAUACCAGCUUGUUAGCGAACAUCAGCACACAGGAGGUCAGGUGCUGGACUUUCUCCUUGCCGAGAUGGAGAACCAAGUGGGUACUCUGGUUUUCAUUCUCGCGGGGUACAGCAAGCAGAUGGAAAAGUUCUUCGAGCACAACCCUGGUCUUCCGAGUCGUGUCCCAUACUCCCUCAAGUUUGCAGACUACACCGACGCGGAGCUUCUGACUAUGCUGGAAGCGCUCGUAGAGAAGCGAUAUUCAGGGCAGAUGAAGGUGGAGGACGGCAUCAGGGGCUUAUAUGCUCGAAUUGCAGUGCGUCGACUUGGACGUGGUCGCGGUCGCGAGGGAUUCGGAAACGCUCGGGCUUUACAGAACAUGUUUGCGAAGGUCGCCCAGAGAUUAGCCGAACGACUCAAGAAAGACCGCCAAAAGGGGUGGAUUGCUGAUGAUUUUCUAAUCACCAAAGAGGACUUUAUCGGUCCUGACCCGUCUCAAAUCCUUCCGCAGUGCGCUCCUUGGGAGAAGCUACAGAAAAUGAUAGGUCUCGAUUCCGUCAAAGACUCUGUCCGUAAUUUCUUCGACAUCGUUGACACGAACUAUCACCGAGAGCUUCAAGAGAAAGAGCCCCUUGCGAUGUCUUUGAAUCGCGUCUUCCUUGGCUCGCCGGGAACAGGCAAAACGACAGUUGCAAAGCUCUACGGGCAGAUACUCGCAGAACUGGGGCUCUUGAGCAACAAUGAAGUCGUUGUCAAGAAUCCAUCUGAUUUUGUGGGCGCAUACCUUGGCCACUCGGAGAAGAACACCAAAGCUAUCUUGGACAGUACGGUUGGUAAAAACUCUGGAUCCCAGGACCAGUUCAAGACGACUGUAAUUGACACUUUGGUUGCGGAGAUUCAAAGCGUACCUGGAGAAGAUCGCUGUGUUUUGCUAUUGGGAUAUAAAGAACAGAUGGAAGAUAUGUUCCAGAACGUGAACCCCGGGCUCGCUCGUAGAUUUGCCAUUGAAAACGCAUUCACUUUCGAGGACUUCACUGAGUCCCAACUUCGGGAUAUUUUGGACUUUAAACUGAAGGAUCAAGAUCUUGACGCCACAGACUCGGCGAAGCAGGUUGCCAGUGAUCUUCUGAAUAGAGCCAAGAACCGCCCCAACUUCGGUAAUGCUGGUGAGGUGGAGAACAUCCUUGGUCUGGCCAAGAAUCGCUAUCAGAAGCGUCAAGCAUCAGUGCCUCCUGAUCAACGUUCCGACGUGAUCUUCGAGCCUCAAGACUUCGAUCCGGAUUGGGAACGCGAUCGCAAUGCUGCAGCUAAUCUCACAAAACUCUUCGAGGAUCUUGUUGGUUGUGACGAUAUCGUGACAAAGCUGGGCGAUUAUCAGAAAAUUGCUCGUGCGAUGAAGGUUGCUGGUGUGGAUAUGCGCAAACAAAUUCCAACGAGUUUCAUUUUCAAAGGACCUCCAGGCACUGGGAAAACGACCAUCGCAAGGAAGUUCGGUCAAGUGUAUUAUGACAUGGGAUUUCUUUCUUCAUCCGACCUGAUCGAGUGCUCCGCAUCCGACCUCGUAGGGCAGUACGUGGGUCACACCGGCCCAAAGACGAAGAAACUUUUCGAAAAGGCCUUGGGCAAAGUGCUUUUCGUGGACGAGGCUUACCGGCUCAGUAACGGGCACUUUGCGCAAGAAGCCAUUGAUGAGCUUGUCGGCCUCAUGACCAACGAGAAGUUCAUGAACAAGAUGGUCAUCGUUCUUGCGGGCUACGAGAAAGAGAUGAACACUCUUUUGAGCGUCAAUCCUGGCCUCGCCAGUCGUUUCUCUGAGGAAAUCAUUCUGACCAACAUGCCGGCGGCCAAGUGUCUUCAAGUGCUCGACAAAGAAUUGCAGAAGACACAGAUCGUCUUGUCUGAACUAGCUGACACCUCUACUUCUGCUUACUCCGAGAUGCAGACUAUCAUCGACCGAAUGUCACGCUUGUCGAACUGGGGAAACGCCCGAGACGUCAAGUCCAUUGCCCAGAGACUCAUCCAUCACGCAUUCAGUGCUGUGGCAAAUACUCCUGGGAGUGUCCCAUCGAUCACCGCAGACGAAGCAAUAUCUAUCAUGAAAGAUUUACUCAAUCAACAGCGCCAGCGACUCAAUAUUCCACGCAUAACCACUUCAACCCCGUCAAGUGCACCACCGAUGGCAACGUCCAGCAAUUCCGCCCCUCCUCCACCCCCUUCCCAAUCAGGAUCUUCAUCCGCAACCAAAGGAUCUCAACCACCCAAACCACCACCUAAACCACCUCAGAAGAACCCUCCAUCCAACCAGUCGCCGCAGAAGCCUCCUCCACGAUCAGGGCCGCCCUCCGCACCCAGUGGAUCCCAACCACCGAAUAAGCCACCUAAGCCACACCAGAGGAACCCUUCAUCCAACCAAUUGCCACGGAAGCCUCCUCCGCAAUCAGGGCGCCCCUUCACACCCAGUGGAUCUCAGCCACCUAACAAACCACCUUUACACCCCACCUUACCAACUCAAGGCUCCCCGCAGCCCCAGUCUACCAAUAAUGUUCAGCGUGACCUGGGCGUUUCUGAUGCUGUCUGGAGGCAGUUGGAGGCAGAUAAAGCUGCGGCCGAGGAGGCUAAAAAGAAAGCAAUCGAGGAGGCAAAGUUGCGCAACGCUGAAUUGAGUAGAGCUGCUCAAAGGCAGCAGGCUGCGGAGGCUGCAGCUCGGGCCCUUGCUGCACAGAAGGCACGAGACCAGGCUGAGCAAGAAGAACUAUGGCGCCAGCAAGAAGCGGCUCGACUUCGAGAGUUGGAGGCGAAGGCAGAAAGGGAGAGAGCUGCUGCUGCACUCUUUCAAAUGCGUCGUGAGCAAGAGAGGAAGAAACGUGAAGAAGAGAGGAUACAGCAGAAGUUGAGAAACCUCGGCGUCUGCGUGCAAGGCUACCCAUGGAUCAAACAACUUUCAGGGUACCGUUGCGCGGGCGGCUCUCAUUUUAUUCACGACUCCCAGUUGCGCUGA